AUGGCCAGAGACGUAAGUCCUCUGAGCCUCAGGCCUCUGUCUGCAAGACACCAGAAAUGGCUUGGACCUUCUCUGGGGUGUAUCCUCCCCUUCUUCCCUCGACGUCUUCUAAUUGUCUACUACUUUCUGUCAUGUGCAGUAGCAGCAACAGGAAGUUUGCCUGGUAUAGAGUAUGACUAUGGGAUUAGCCCCAAAUUUGUCUGCACCCCAAUUCCCCCAGAAGCAGACCCCAGCUGUUACUCCCCACCCAGUGUUCCCCAUGGGCCAAGCAAUAACGGCAACACUAAUGAUCACAAUGGCAGCAGCCGGCGAGGCAUGAUGUCCGACGAGGCCAAAGCCACCAUCUUGCACCUGCGUGAGAGCUUAGUGAGGCAAAAGGAGACCAUCCUGGACCAGCGAGAGACCAUCAGGGAGCUGACCGCCAAGCUCACCUUGUGCGAGAGCUUUGGUGGUCACCAUGGCACAGAUCACCAUGAAAACCGUCACGACAACCAUCACGAUACUCAUGACAACCAUCAUGAUGACCACCAUGAUGAUCACCAUGGGCCUCACAGCACCCACCACACGCCUUCAUCGUCACACCAUGGGACGUAUCACCCUAGUGAUCACCACUACCCCCAUGGCAGAUCAGACCCGCACAGAUCAGACCCCCACAGCAGGAAGGGUACGUCGUAUGGAAAACACAGCUCCUUCUCCCCUGAGCAGACGGGCAAGACACUGCAGACAUUGAAGGAAAGACUUGAAAGUUUGCAGGCCAGGAACUCCUCCAGCUCCUACUCCAGCUCCCUGAGAGAACUCCUCCAGCGGAAGAUCACCGCCCUGGAAGGGCAGCUGCACAGCUACUACAGGGAUCACCAUGACGAUCGCCAUGAUGACCACCACGACGACAAUCAUGGCAGCAGCCACACCGAAGACCACCAUGAUGACCAUCAUGACGUCACUGGUCACCAUGGAACUGGUCACAAUGACAACCACCACGAUGACCACCAAGGCCCUGGCCACCGUAAUGACCACCACGAUGAACACCAUGGUACUGGUCACCGUGACGACCACCACAAUGACCACCGUGGGACUGGUCCUCGUGAUAACCACCAUGACGACCACCACAAUGACAACCGUGGGACUGGUCCCCGUGAUAACCACCAUGAUGGCCGUCAUGGUACCGGUCACUCUGACGGCUACCACGGCAGCCAUCCUUACAACCAACAUGGUAGCCACAGGAACAGUCCUCGCACUGGUCCCCAUUAUCGCCAUAACAGCCACUACAACAGGCGAUCGAACACUCGGCAGCCUGGGAACCAUGGCUCCCAUCGCAGCACCCACCAUGAUGACCACCAUAAUGACCAACAUAAUGAUCACCACAAUGAUCACCACGGACCUGGUUACCACGAUGAUUACCACGAUGAUUACCACGAUGAUCACCAUGACUAUCAUCGCGGACCUGGUUACCACGAUGACCAUCAUGAGUAUCACCACGGACCUGGUGACCACCACGAUGAUCACCAUGAGGAUCUCCAUGAUAACCACCACGGCACCAACCAUCACGACGACCAUUAUGAUACUGAUCAUAACCCUCCGCAGCUGCCCUCCAGCAGCAAAGAGACAACUCUGCGGGGCGCGGGCCACAGCAAGCUGGAGGCAGUGCUCAACAAACUACACCAUGGAAACACUGAUCUUGGAAAUAGCAAAAAGCUAAAGAGCCCCAGCGCUUUCAUGCUCGACUUUCCCAUGAAGUCAAACUACAUGUAUGCUAGGAUGAAGCGGGCGGUGGUCAACGAAGUCUUCGCCAUGACCAUCUGCCUGUGGCUGAAGGCAGGAGAAGGGCCUGGCCUCGGUACUCCCUUCUCCUACGCUGUGCCUGGACAAGCCAACGAGCUUGUGCUCAUCAAAUGGGGCACCAACCCAAUGGAGUUGCUAAUCAACGACAAGGCAGUGACGUUGCCCAUAAGCAUGACGGAUGGGAAAUGGCAUCAUUUAUGCGUAACGUGGACGACACGUGAUGGUGUCUGGGAGGCCUACCAGGACGGGGUGAAGAAAGGCUCGGGGCAAAACCUGUCAGGCUGGCAACCCAUCAAAUCAGGAGGGACCUUCAUCCUGGGCCAGGAGCAGGACACGAUGGGAGGCCGCUUUGACGUCACUCAAUCCUUCAUGGGAGGGAUGUCUGAUCUCCAGUUCUGGUCCAGAGUUUUGACGUCUAAUGAGAUCCACACCCAGGCGACCUGCGCAGGGCACCUAGUUGGUGAUGUGAUGUCCUGGUCCGAGGAAUCAGUGGAGCUUCACGGAGGGCUCGCCAAGCUCCCCUUUGAACCCUGCCAUUAA